ACUCUCUUCACUUUACCGCAAUUUCUCUGUCUCUCUCUCUCGCUCUCUUUCCCCCCAUCCAUGAUUUGCCCUAAAAAUUUCAUUCAUUUUAGGGCAAAUCCUUUUUCAAAAUCCUAGAUUAAGACUCGAUUAGGUCAGCUGGCUCUUCUAUUCAUUUCUUCGUGAUUUUUUCUUCAGAGGUAAAGGAAUUGCGGUUUAUUUCUCGAGUGACUGGAAUAUGGCUAAGGUAGCUGCGCAUGGUGCCUUAGCUUCUACUUCGCUACAAAUUGGCGGUGAUGCUCUCAAACUGGGUUCCACAGUUAAAAGGAAGACCCCUUCGGAACUCAGAGGAGAACAGCUAAAGCGGACGAAUGUUGAAGAGCUUGUUAAUAAAUCUUUGGCCAUAAGUGAGAUGGAUAACGGACUCAAAAAACAAGAUCUGCCAAGGAAUCCAAGAUAUAUAGACACCCGAAUGGAUGAAGUAUAUCCUGCCAAGAAAUCAAGGUUCAAACUGCUUUCUGGAAAAGAAAAUGCCAAGGAAAAUAGUUCAAUUGAGCAACCUAGUAGCCUAAAGAAAAUCUCUGCACUUUCAACUCUGGCUGCCAAGAGAAGGCAACAACUUUCAUGUCCAGAGACCUCUUUUGCUUCUGUUGAUGUUCCUAAAGAUGAUGUAACUCGUGCCCCUCGAACACUUGAAAAAUGUAGUCAGGGUACAUUUCUUAGCGUUACUGAGCUUUCAUCAGGAGGUCCAAAAUUAUCAGGCUUGGCAACUCUUGACAUGGAUAAAGCAUUGAAAGGACUAGCUGCUUGUGAAGCAAUCCCUAGUGCACCUCCUGAGUCUUUGGAAAAAUGUGAUGAUCUUUCACCUAAUGGAAGCUUCUGCUCUGAAUUCCAUGUGACAGGCCAGAAGAUUCCUCUGGAUUUUACUCUGAAAACUUAUAUGCUAUUGGUGUCCUCUUCCUCAGUGAAUUGGUUAAAUAGGUCAAUGAUGUGUGGUACCUACAAUGGUAUGCCUCAAGUUACAUCCCAAUCAGGUUGUUCUGAAGAUCAAAACAUUACCAAAGCUUCACAGGCCAGACUGGCUUCCCAGGCCUUGAAUUCUAGAGCAUUACAUUCAUGGAUCUACCCUCAAUCUACCUUACCACCAUCUCUCAUGUCAAUAUUGGCUUCAUCGGCAGCAGAUGGAGCUGAAAUGGAUUUCUUAAGAAAGCGACAGUUGGCAUGGGAGGACUCAUUUCGGAGUCUUUACUAUAUGUUUCGUCAAAAUGUUUGCAGCAUCUUUUAUGUUUGCACUUCACAUUUUGUGGUGAUGUUCACUGCUGCUGAUGGUUCGGGAAGAAGCAGACGAUCAUGCCAUGCUUAUAUCUCCCAGUCAACUAGAGGUUUGAGAUCGUCAUUCAAAGAGCAUGAUGUUUCUUUUUCCAUGCCUCUUUGCCGUUCUCAAGUAGAACAAGUUACUACUGAGGACCUGGUGGAGCUUUCAGAGAUUGAAAAGCAUAACUUGGGCCAGACUCGACGAAUGAAUUCCUUAAGUGAUGUUGAUAAUACUCCACAGUCUUUGCUAGCUUUCACUGGAAAUGAUAAUGUACAUGGUUUGUUUGAAAUUUUGUUAAAUUAUAGAUCUUUCUUGACUUUUUUGAAUGCUGUGGAUGUUCCUGUAUUAUAUUCUCCUGUGCCAUUUCAGAAUGCUGCUCUUUCGGCUCCAGAGAUUAGAUGCAUGGAGAUUAAAAGAGCUGAUCAUGGUGCUGCUCUCCCCAAAGGAUUCACCUUGAGAGAUGGUGAUUUCAGGCCAAUUUCAUCCACUGGCCUUUGCUAUAGUGUUGAAAUCAAGGAUUCACAUAUUCCUCCGUGGAUUAUCAGUAAUAUAUGUGAUCUAAUGGCCUCAGAGGGAAGAAGCUUUGAAGCAAGCUUUACAACAGAGCAUACCUCAGUUGGCUUAAAUAUUGCUCUUGCGACAGCUUGUGAGAAAGCUGAUAGUGAAGCAACAGUUGCUGAAGACUCACAAGAAACAGCCUAUGCCUUUGGUAUUCCCAAAGUUGUUGUUUCUCCUUAUUUGCUUGCAGGUCUACUAAAGGGGUUGAACUACUGCAACGGUUCUUAUGCAGUGUCUCUGUCUCCUGUAUGACAUGUUGAUAUUCAUUAUCUUCAGAGAAAACUAUAUUUUGUUACUGAUGCUUCAGUUCUCUGAUUUCCUUUUGCUUUUUGUACUCUGCUCCUGUAUAUUUUCAUUUGGAAUGGUUGACUGUAAUUUAUUAAUGCCUUGUGGCAUUUGUUUUUGCUAAUAGAAUGAUGACUAGCAAAACCUAAUGAGAAUCCCUUAUCCUCUGCUCCAUCCUGCUAAAAGAAGGGGAAAGGCAAGGGGCGAGGAAAAGUAAAAAUUCUGCUUCUUUUCAACUA